GGGCAAAAUCCUUCUGAUUUCGCGAUAUUUUAAAAAAGCAGAGGCAACAAAGAUAGUAUUUGAGAACCCAAAACUUCCAUCUGUUUUCUUUCUCCUCUCAGUCAGUAUCGUCUGUCUGGUCUUUGAUUUUCCGCACAGAGGCGUCUGAUUUCCGAGACACCUCCGGCAAUGUCGACGCCGGCGAGGAAGAGGCUGAUGAGGGAUUUCAAGAGGUUGCAGCAAGAUCCGCCAGCUGGUAUCAGCGGAGCGCCUCAGGACAACAACAUCAUGCUCUGGAAUGCCGUCAUCUUUGGGCCUGAUGAUACACCUUGGGAUGGAGGUACGUUUAGGCUGUCGCUGCAGUUUACAGAGGAUUAUCCUAAUAAGCCUCCGACAGUUCGAUUUGUCUCGCAAAUGUUCCAUCCAAACAUCUAUGCAGAUGGAAGCAUUUGUUUGGACAUCUUACAGAAUCAGUGGAGUCCUAUCUAUGAUGUUGCUGCUAUAUUGACUUCUAUCCAGUCUCUCCUCUGUGAUCCCAACCCAAACUCCCCUGCUAAUUCCGAGGCUGCCCGCAUGUUCAGCGAGAACAAGCGUGAUUACAACCGAAGAGUGCUUGAGAUUGUGGAGCAGAGCUGGACAGCAGACUAAUUGGUGCAACCUGCAUCUAUCCAUCUUUUGUUUUUUCUGCUCAAAUAAAUAGUAGAAAACAAUGGAGGGAUUUGGAGUGGGGGUAUUCUGUUUACUGAUUAAUUGACAUGACAUUUAUGAAUUUUUGUUCGAGGAAUUGGUACUUUGUUUCUUCCCAAAGUUGGUGCUCAUGUAAUAUUAUCUACCAUGUAUCUCUUACUUUCUAUGGUGUAUAAAAAGGAAUUGUAGCUGAUAGCAUGCAGGAACUUCAAACACA